AUGGAUGCUAUUAAAGCUGGUGUUGAAAAAGCAAAAGAAACUAUACAAGGCAAAAAAGCCGAAGAUAAAGCAGAAAAAGCUUGUGAUCCAACUGAAAAACCAAGCGACCGUGUUGAUGCUGCAUUCGAAUCUGGCAAAGCUAAAAUGAAGGAACAAGAACAUGCUUGCAAUGCUGAAUGCAAAAAAGACAAACAUUUCUAUUUAUAUUAA